UUCCCCAGCAGGUCAGAGUUGGGAGGUUGCAGGCUCAAGAUGGCUGCGUCCAUGGGUGACAUGUUCUCCUUUUGUGUGGACCCGGCGGGCCGAGCCCGGGCCGUGGUGGAAGUGCGGUUCAUUAACAAUGUCAAGGGGAAGGGCUUAUUUGCCACCAGGAACAUCCAUAAAGGGGAAACGAUCUUCAUGGAGAAGCCCGUGGUGUCUUCCCAGUUCCUCUGGAACGCGUGGUACAACUACAAAGCCUGCGAUCACUGCCUGCGGGCCCUGGAGACGGCGGAGGAGAACGCGCAGAGGCUGCUGGGGAAGAGCUACCAGGUGCUGCCUCACCCGGAGCAGUGCGGCAUCCGGAAGGACUUGCAUCAGCAGUGCCCGCAGUGCCAGGUGACGUACUGCAGUGCCGCGUGCAGGCAGUCUGCCUUGGAGCAGUACCACCAGGUCCUGUGCCUCGGGCCAUCCAGGGAGGACCCCAUGCAUCCCCUCAACAAGCUGCAGGAGGCCUGGAGAAACAUCCAUUAUCCUCCAGAGACUUCAAGCAUCAUGCUGAUGGCAAGGAUGGUGGCUACAGUCAAACAGGCCAAGGACAAGGACUGGUGGAUAAAGCUUUUUUCCCAGUUCUGCAGCAAAACGGCCAAUGAAGAGGAGGAGAUCAUCCACAAACUCUUGGGGGACAAGUUUAAGGGCCAGCUGGAGCUCCUGCGGCCGCUCUUUGCAGAAGCCCUGUAUGAGGAGCGUCUCGGCAGGUGGUUUACUCCUAAAGGGUUUCAGUCACUCUUUGCCCUGGUAGGCACCAACGGCCAAGGCAUCGGGACCAGCUCCCUGAGUCAGUGGGUCCAUGGGUGUGAUGCACUGGAGCUGCCCCUACAAGAGAGAAAGCAGCUGGACGCCUUCAUAGACCAGCUCUAUAAGGACAUCGAGAAAGAGACUGGGGACUUCCUGAACUGCGAGGGAUCGGGGCUGUACGUGCUGCAGAGCUGCUGUAACCACAGCUGCAUCCCCAAUGCCGAGACCUCCUUCCCGGACAACAACUUCCUCCUCCACCUCACAGCCCUGGAGGACAUCAAGGCGGGAGAGGAAAUCUGCAUUAGCUACUUGGAGUGCUGCCAGCGGGACCGGAGCAGGCACAGCCGACACAAGAUACUCCGGGAAAACUACCUAUUCACCUGCUCGUGCCCCAGGUGUCUGGCGCAAGCCGAAGACCCCGAUGUGACAUCAGAGGAGGACGAGGAGCUGGAGGGCGAGACGGAUGACGCGGAACUGGAGGAUGAGAUGACGGACGUUUGAUCCUGGGCCUGGGGGGCGUGGGGCUCCUUGGGCUCCCAGCAGGCCGGGAAUGCAUGGCAGGGGGAGCACACCUUGGCACUGCCCAUUGCUGGUGUCGUGGCGGGGUGGGAGGGACGUAUGGUCAGGCAGGGCUGGGCUCUGGGUGCGGAUGCCGCUGGUCCAUCAGCCCCGCUGCUCCGUGAUGCACUGGACAGGUCGCGAGUGUCCUGCAGCUAUUGCCGCAGCGCCUGAGCAUCGCAGCCGCGUGUGGGGCAGGCGGGGGGGACCCCUGCGCUGGUGAGCACACAGCACCACACGCUGGGGCAGGACCUCGCACGUGGCCUCAUCCAGUGAGAAGCAGCUGCUAUUUGAUGCAAUGAUAAUCUGACAACUAGGGAAGCAAGGACCGAGUGUUUGGGCAGGGGUGGGUGAGGAAAGAGGUUUAACCUUGUGGAGACCUAUGCAGAGCGGUGGGGGUGACUGGCUGCUAGAACCAGUCACAUGCAUGGGCAAUUAGCUCCAUCUCUGUGUGCAAUGGGUGGAGGAUGGUGCUUCCCUCGCCUUGCUGGGUGGGGAGGGAGGAUGUCAGGCUGCUGAAGUCUGUGCACAGCCACACCAGCUCUGCAGCGCUCGGGGGCGGAUGGUCGGGGCACCGGCAAGGGACAGGUUAGGUAGCUUUGUGAUGCAGGCGGGGGGGCAAGGACAUCUCUGCUCCUGGGCUCUGAUCCCCCUGCUUCCUGCUCUGUGCUCACGCUGGUGACCCCCCACCUUGGGGUGAGAGCCCCUGUGGGAGUCGCUGGGCACGGCAGGGCUUUGGCUGCUCUCUGGGUGUCCCCAGGGCUUAGGCUUUUUGAGUGGGAAAUGAGCUGCAGAUAGUGUCUGCCAUCAAAGUCAGGGCCCCCGGGGGCUGGGGUAGGGCAGGGCCUAACCCACUGCUAAGUCCUGGCCUCCCAGUUUUGCAAGCACAGACCUCCCCUGGCUGGACCUGAUCCAACCCCAAGCAAUGGGGGCAGGACACCCCUCUCCCCCCACCCAAGGGACUAAGGAGCCAAGCUUGGUCCUUCCCUGUCUGCAUAGGAUGCUUGGCCUCACCGCUGCCCUACCUGCCGGCUGGCUCCACCGCUCUGAUAGUGCUGGCACUAGCAAAUUGGGACCAGCUGCCUCUUCACCCCCCCUCCCAUUACAUUGAGAGAGAUGCUGACCAGCAGGGAACCAGACCCACCUUUUUCUGGUCCCCACCGGGCUCCUGCUAUACCAGGCCGUGAGGAAGUGUGAUUGCUGUAGGGCACUUUGGCUUUCCCCUGCCCCAGGCUGGGCCAGCCCCUACCCAGAUCACGGGGGCUCUUUCUGCUGCCUUCCCUGGGUGUGCAGAGGUGAUGUUUGCUCUGAGCUCCUGUUGCUCUGACCCUGUACUUGAUGCUCUGCAGACCUCGGGCCGGGUUAUGCUCUGGGUCACAGGGUGUGAAUCGGGACUAGCUUCCCCAGAAGCUACUCUGAGCUGAUGCGGGCACUAGCAAGAGCAGAGCCCGCUCGAUCCCCAGCUGUGCUAGGCAGCGUUUUGCUCUUGCUUGAAUUGAGACAGCAAUACCCUUUGUUUGACAUGGUGCUAAUUCCCACUGUGCUGGCUGGCUCGGGGGGGCGGCCUGAGCUGACUGUUAAUAGGGUGGCUUGUGUGGGCCCCAAAACGUGGCUUGAGCACAGUCGCCUUCCAGGAACCAAGCUGGCGCGAGGAACGAAAGAG